AUGAAGGUGCAAGCUACCAUUAUCGGAUACUUUGUCGCUUUCGCCGCUCAGGCAGUUGCUCAACCCGUUGACGCCUCUGUCAGUGAUGUACAGACCGCUGCUGCCACUUGCAAGGGUUUGCUUGGAAGCUGCCUGACCAACUCUGACUGCUGCGAAGCUGCCACCUCGCUCGGUUGUGUGCUGGGUCUUUGUGUUGAGCUUUAA